UGUGGGCGACGGGGCCCGGGCCGGCACCAGGGCUGCAUUCCCAGCGACAUGGAGGCCCGCCUGUCCCAGCUGCUGCUGCUGGUCCUGGGAGCUCUGUGGGCAGGAGGCAACACAUUCGAGACCCACAUCAUUGGGGGUCGAGAGGCUGCCCCCAACUCCCACCCAUACAUGGUCUCCCUGCAGAAAGCCGGCACCCACAGGUGUGGGGGGGUCCUUGUGCACCAGAAGUGGGUGUUGACCGCUGCCCACUGCCUGACCAACCGGAUAGAACAGCUGAGGCUGGUGCUGGGGCUCCACGUGCUGGGAGACCCCAGCCUUACCUACCGCAUCAGGAAGGUUGUCAAGCACCCUGAGUACAAGGAGGCCCCCAGUCUGCAGAAUGACCUCGCGCUGCUUAAGCUGGAUGGGAAGGUGAAGCCCAGCAGGACCAUCCGGCCCCUGGCCUUGCCCCAAAGGCGCCAGGCAGUGGCAGCAGGAGCACGGUGCAGUGUGGCUGGCUGGGGCCUGACCCACCAGGGUGGGCAGCUGGCCAAAGCGCUGCAGGAAUUGGAUGUGCACGUGCUGGAUGCCAGGAUGUGCAACAACAGUCGUUUCUGGAACGGGGACAUCACCCCCGACAUGAUCUGCCUGGCGGCCAACGCUAAGAACCAGGCCCCCUGCAAGGGGGACUCAGGCGGGCCUGUGGUAUGCCGCAGAGGCCAGGUGGCUGGAAUCGUGUCGUUCAGCUCCAAGGUCUGCACCGACAUCUUCAAGCCCUCCGUGGCCACCGCCGUGGCCCCCUAUACUCCCUGGAUCAAGAAGACCAUCCGCCGCUAGCAGUCCCCGCUUGGGCCUGACCUCCAGAGGGUGACCCGACUCCUGCGCUCCUGCGGGAUUAAGGGGGCGAGGGGGCAGGCAGACAGGGGACGCAUGUCAGAAGACCAAUAAACUGUAGUAAGGAAA